UUCAUGGGCGGAAUUCACCAAAUAAUCAAAUACAAUUAUUUUCUUCUACACCUAAAUUUUUUUAUAGGAGUUGUAUUAGUAGUUGAUACUAACAAUAAAUAAAUGUAAUUAUUAUUGUACCUAAUUUUUUUUUUUUUUUUUGUAAAUCAUAGUGAGUAAUUUGUAAUUAUACUAGUAAUACCAUUUCGCCUUUAAGAUCUGUUUAGUGUUUAGUAUUAUAAUAUAUAGGUAGUGAAGUUUUAUGUAUUUAAUUAAAUCGAUAUUGUGUAGCUCAUUAUGUCUAUAAUAGUCAAAUUGUCAAUUGUGCUGUGAUUAACAAAAUCUCGACACAGGAACUACCUACUUGAAUUUCAGCAGACUUUGGCUACAUUACUGAAGAAUCGGGUUACAUCGAAUAGCUUAGUUUUUGAGAUAUUAUCUUUCAUAGAUAAGUAUAGCUAUGUUAAGCAGUUGGACCAAACAUUUUCUUCAUUGUACCUUAUUGGUGUUUGUAAUAUCAAUAUUUGAAAUCUGGUCGGGAGGUGUUAAACUAUCAGCAGAUGUUCAAAAUACUUUUAAUUUUAAUCCAUGGGAACGCUAUGGUUUUAUUUGGUGCUUUAUGUUGUAUUUACUAAGAUGUUUGACCUUCUUACCAUUACCACAAGUACUAUUGAAUUUUGGCGGUCUUACACUGUAUAAUGCUUUUCAAGAUAAAGUCGUUCUAAAAGGAUCACCUUUGUUGGCUCCAUUUAUAUGCAUACGUAUAGUCACGAGAGGAGAUUAUCCUCAGUUAGUCAAAGCAAAUGUUGCCCGUAAUAUGGCUCGAUGUUUGGAAACUGGAUUGGAAAAUUUCAUUAUUGAAGUAGUGACAGAUAAAAGUAUUGGACUUCCUGUACAUAGGCGUAUAAGGGAAGUGGUUGUUCCAAAAUCAUAUAAGACAAAGACUGGAGCACUUUUCAAAUCACGAGCCCUUCAAUUUUGUUUGGAAGACAAUGUAAAUAUUUUGGCAGACUGUGAUUGGGUUGUACAUUUAGAUGAAGAAACCCUAUUGACAGAAAAUUCAAUUAGAGGCGUAUUAAAUUUUGUCUUGGAUGGUAAACAUCAGUUUGGCCAGGGUCUGAUAACAUAUGCAAAUGAAGAAGUAGUAAAUUGGUUUACAACCUUAGCAGAUAGUUUCAGAGUAGCUGAUGAUAUGGGUAAACUUCGAAUUCAACUUUCAAUGUUUCAUAAGCCACUUCUUAGUUGGAAAGGAUCAUAUGUUGUGACCCAAUUGGGUGCAGAGCGUCAUAUUUCAUUUGAUAAUGGCUUGGAUGGAUCAAUUGCAGAAGAUUGUUUUUUUGCCAUGCGAGCUGCUAAAGAAGGCUAUACAUUCAAUUUCGUGGAAGGAGAAAUGUGGGAAAAAUCACCAUUUUCAUUAUGGGAUUUUAUCCAACAACGUAAACGUUGGCUUCAAGGUAUUCUAUUAGUAGUCCAUUCAGCGGCCAUUCCUUCAAAAACAAAAAUUUGGUUAGCUUUAUCAUGUUAUUCAUGGGUGACAUUGCCGCUGUCUACUUCCAAUUUAGUUUUAGCUAGAUACUUUCCAAUUCCAUGUCCUGCAAUCAUGGAUUUUGUUUGUGCAUUUAUAGCCGGUGUCAAUAUAUAUAUGUACAUAUUUGGUGUAGUGAAAUCUUUUUCAUUAUAUCGUUUUGGUGUCCUAAAAUUUACAUUAUGCAUAAUAGGAGCACUGUGUACUAUACCUUUUAACGUAAUAAUUGAAAAUGUUGCAGUUAUAUGGGGGCUUUUUGGCAACAAGUACAAAUUUUAUGUUGUACAUAAAGAAAUCAAACCACUUGUCACUGUGUAAAUAAAUGUCUGUAAUGUAUUAAUUUGCAUUGGAUCUGAUUUUUGGGAGGGAAAGACUAUCUUGCCAUUAAAAAUUAAAGCAGAUGGAUAUUACAUACAUGUAUGUAUCAUUGACAACUCUAUGGUUUAUUAUAAUUUUUGAAAUUUUUAAUACUCAACACGACUAUAUAAAUGCUCAAAUCUUAUUUAAAAAAAUGAGUUCAAACUAUUUAUCAAAAUAAGUAAUGGUUAUUUUACAUUUGAAGAUCUGCUAAUCGGAUUGUGGUUUUGAAAAUCCUUAAUUAUAAAAUAUGUUAAAAAUCUCAUGAAUACAUUUUAAAUAAUUUAACGCUAUUUUUUUUUUUUUAUUCAAAAAAUACAAAUAAAUAAUUAAUAAGUUUUUAUUAAGCCUAUGGAUGCCAUUGUAUUUUUUUUUUUUUGCGAAGGCCAAGAUCUCUAUCUCUGAUUGUACCCUUGAUAAAGUUUGGCAAAACUAGUCAUAACCUAGUUUUAUGUUAAGAGUUUUAACUGUUUUAAGUUAUGAGUGUAUUGUUUAUGUUUAUAUACCUAGUUAAUUUUAAGGAACAAAUGCACACAAUCUAGUAACCACACCUACAAAAUAGAUUGAUUACUACGAUAAAAUUUGACACUUAUAAAGAGCAAGAUUGUAUUUUAACACCCAUCACUAUCUUUUAUUUUUUUUAUUGGCAAUACUCAUAUCCUUAAUUUCCUUUGGAAGUGUAGUUGUGAACUAGUUUGAGUAAAUUGAUACUACUUAAUAUGAACAAAUCUCUUACAUUUGACGCAACAUUUUUGGUAUGCUAGUCAUAUUAAUCUCAGUGAAAUGGUUUAUGAAAUAAAUUAUAGUUUUCUACUAAACUUUUGUUGAUUUUAUAAUUUUCAUUUUUUUUUUUUACGUACAAUUACUAUUUUAAAUAAUAUACACAUAUAAUAUAAUUUAUGUAAAUAUAUAAAUACUAAAUUAUAAGUUGUGUAGGUAUACUUCUAAAAUAAUGUUAAAGAAAUAAUUAAAAAAAAGAUGGUAUAUGAUAGUUUAAUGAGCUUCAACUAAUUGUAGUUAAUAAUUUAUAUAAAUAUUAUCUACUUAUUGUUUAAUUAUUUUUUUCAUAUUGUUUAUGGGUAUUGUAGGCGGGUUGUUAUUGUUGUUGUAUUUAAAACUAAAUUUAAAUUUAGCAAUAGUACUUUCUUUACUUUAUAUUAAAUAUUAAAUAGAUAUUAAUUGUACAAACAAAAAUGUUAUUAUUUACAUGUUUUAUUAUGGUAGAUUUGUACCAACAUCUGUAUUUAUGCAUUAUGUAGUAUUUUGUAGAUUAACAUUGUGAUCUGAAUAACUUAAUACUUAAUAAUUUGAUAUUUCGUACGAACACAAAGAGUGAGCCUCCAUAUCAUUUUUGUUUACAUUUACCCAUUCAGGUAUAAAAUAGUAUAUUCAUAAUUUCAUAAAAGCUUUUAUUACAUAUUAAGUUUUCUUAUAUGCACCAUUACAAUUUAAAGUAUUAUCUGUACAUGUAUAUUCAAAUAAACUAUUUUUUUCAUUAAUAUAUAACAAAUAAAUUAACUAAAAUGGUGUUUUUGUAUAAUAAUGUAAAUAUUUUCUUGAGAUUAUAAAAAAAUAUUUACAUUGGCAUUCAAUCAUCUAAUGUGUACAAAUUAUGUACAAACAUGUUAUGAUAAAUUUUAUUCCAGGAAUACAAUCAUAUUGAGAGUA